CUUAUGGUAGCCUGGCCUUCCUUCGAACAUUACAUGUUCUCUUUUUGCACUUCGCUCUUUUCAUAUCGCUAAUUUCGAUAUAUCCUGCCCUCAGCGAAACUGCGCAUUUGCUGUGAACGACUCGGAGUCCUUCCCUUCACCAUGGCUCCAAAGGACACAUUCUUCCGCUCGUCGGAUAUGAGCUUAACCCAGCUCUAUAUCGCGAACGAGAUCGGAAGGGAAGUUGUUAGUGCGCUGGGAGAGCUUGGUCAGGUGCAAUUUCGAGAUCUCAACCCGGAUACAAAUGCUUUUCAACGGACGUUUACGAAGGAGAUUCGACGCUUGGAUAAUGUGGAGAGGCAACUGCGUUAUUUCCGCUCACAGAUGGAAAAGGCGUCUAUUCCGGUGAGACCUUCUACGGAAUUUUCGGAUACGUUGGCUGCGCCUUUGGCCUCGGAGAUCGAUGAGCUCGCUGAGCGCAGUGAGGGUCUGGAGCAGCGGAUUGCGUCUUUGAAUGAUAGCUAUGAGACAUUGAAGAAGCGUGAGGUCGAGCUUAUUGAGUGGCGAUGGGUGUUGAAGGAAGCGGGUGGAUUUUUUGACAGGGCUCAUAGCCACACGGAAGAGAUUCGUCAGUCCGUCGACAAUGAUGAAGCCCCUUUGCUUCGCGACGUCGAGCAGCAGGUUCCUCGGGUUCAGAAUGACGAUGGGCAGGCUCAGCAAUCCUUCGUUGAGAUGAACAUUGGGUUCGUAGCUGGUGUUAUUCCUCAAGAUCGGAUCGGGGCCUUUGAGCGCAUUCUCUGGCGAACGUUGCGUGGUAAUCUUUACAUGAAUCAGUCGGAGAUUCCUGACCCGAUCAUCGACCCGGUGAGCAACGAGGGGAUUCAUAAGAGCGUCUUUGUGAUCUUUUCGCACGGAAAGCAGAUCUUGUCGAAGAUUAGGAAGAUCUCGGAAUCCCUUGGUGCCUCGCUUUAUAGCGUUGAUGAGAAUAGCGAGCUUCGCAGGGAUCAGAUUCAUGAGGUGAACACGCGGUUGAGCGAUGUGGGCAAUGUCCUUCAUAACACCAAGAACACUCUGGACGCAGAACUUAGGCAAAUUGCGCGCUCCCUCAUUGCCUGGAUGAUCAUCGUCAAGAAGGAAAAGGCAGUCUAUGAUACACUGAACAAAUUCUCGUACGACCAGGCAAGGAAGACCCUGAUUGCUGAAGCCUGGUGUCCGACCAAUUCGCUUGCGUUGAUCAAGUCCACCCUGCAAGAUGUGAAUGACCGCGCCGGUCUGACGGUGCCUACCAUUGUCAAUCAGAUUCGGACGAAUAAGACCCCCCCGACUUUCGUCCGGACGAAUAAGUUUUCGGAGGCCUUCCAGACCAUCGUUAACGCGUACGGCAUUCCCAAGUACUCGGAAAUCAAUCCUGGUUUAUAUACGGUUAUCACAUUUCCGUUUCUCUUUGCUGUGAUGUUCGGUGAUUUUGGCCAUGGCUUCUUAAUGGCAUUAACUGCUACCGCCAUGAUCCUCGCCGAGAAGAAAUUGCAAAAGACGAAACUGGAUGAGUUAACCUACAUGGCCUUUUAUGGACGAUAUAUCAUGCUUAUGAUGGGCAUUUUUUCUAUGUACACGGGUUUCAUAUACAACGACAUCUUCUCCAGAUCAUUCACGAUCUUCUCAAGUCAGUGGAAGUGGCCAGAUGACAUUCGGCCAGGACAGAUGGUCGAGGCGUCCUUGAAACAGGGCUACCGCUACCCUAUUGGGCUGGAUUGGAACUGGCAUGAGGCUCAGAAUUCCCUACUUUUCACGAACAGUCUAAAGAUGAAGAUGAGUAUUCUACUAGGCUGGGCUCACAUGACCUACGCCCUCUGCUUGCAAUAUAUCAAUGCCCGUCAUUUCAAGUCUAAGGUCGAUAUUUUUGGAAACUUCAUUCCAGGAAUGAUAUUCUUCCAGUCCAUUUUCGGUUAUCUCGUCCUUACUAUCAUCUACAAGUGGUCUGUCGAUUGGAACGCCAAGGGUGUGUCUCCUCCUGGCCUCUUGAACAUGUUGAUUUUCAUGUUCCUGAGUCCCGGUACCAUCGAACAACAGCUUUAUCCUGGUCAGGCAGGUGUGCAGGUGGUUCUACUGCUUCUCGCUGUUAUUCAAGUACCGAUUAUGCUGUUCUUCAAGCCGAUGUACCUUCGAUGGGAACAUAACCGUGCGCGGGCCCUGGGAUACCGCGGGUUGGGCGAACAGUCGCGUGUUAGCGCCCUCGAUGAGGAUGAAACUAAUGGAAAUCUCAACGGAGCUCGCGACAGCAUGGCCAGUGAAGGCGAUGGCGUUGCCAUGAUAGCUCAGGAUCUGGACGAGGAAGAGCACGAGGAGUUUGAUUUCGCCGACGCCAUGAUCCACCAGGUCAUCCACACGAUCGAAUUCUGUCUCAACUGUAUUUCCCACACCGCUUCGUAUCUUCGUCUCUGGGCCCUUUCUCUUGCGCAUCAACAGCUCUCCAUCGUCCUAUGGAAGAUGACUAUCGGAGGCGCCUUCGAGCAAGAAUCCCACACUCUCCGCGUCAUCAUGAUCGUCGCAACCUUCUUCCUCUGGUUCGUCUUGACUAUUGGUGUCCUCUGCGUGAUGGAGGGUACCAGUGCCAUGUUGCACUCCCUCCGUCUGCAUUGGGUUGAGGCUAUGAGUAAACAUUUCAUGGGCGAGGGUAUACCCUUUGCGCCAUUUAGCUUUAAGGCCCUCCUAGAGGAGGAUCCGGUUGAUUAA